GCAGCGUUUGAGUAUGGUUAUGCAGUAGGCUAUGCCUACAAAUGAAGGCAUGAACCCUAGUAUAACCUCAUUAUCCCACCGAUCCGUAAAAUUAACCAUUUCCGUAAAUCUGGCAACCCCCGUCGUCUUGGAAACCGAAGCGUUUGUCUCCACCAGUCAUUGAAAACUUUUCAUGACACUUAUCUAGCUAACGUUAGCUAAUCUUACUAGUCUGUUAAAAAAAACAACUUGACAGACGAUUUUGUGAAAUCGUGUGUCAGUUUAUAAACUUAAAAUGGAGGGAUUCUCUUCAGUAACUAAUCUACAGGCGCUCUCAACCCUGCUGAACCCACCCGACGAAGACGAUGAAGGGGAUUGCGCCUUUGUGCCAUCCACUGCAAAGCUAGGGCCUGGACAUAUUGGCCCUGCAAAAUCAGCCGAAAGUAAAGUGGCCACAUCACCCUAUAUCAAAGACAGCAGCAAAGACAUCUGGAGUGAGAAGGAAGUGGCUGAAGGAGCCCAGUUUGAUGACAUCACUGACCCACGACCACAGCCUGAGUAUGACAUUGUGCUGAAGCAGCGAGUAGGCACAGAGGACAUCUUUCUGGGCAUGAGCAGAAAAGAUCCCUCUUCCAUGUGUUGUGAGAGCAUGGUGGUGAAAAUAAAAUUGCCAGGAACAAAGUUUAUGGAAGUUGUCCUGGACGUGAAAGAAAAGUUCCUUGAUCUGAGAACACCAAAAUAUAGGUUGGGCCUGCAUCUGCCCCACCCUGUGCACAGCCAGGAAGGGACAGCCCAAUUCCUUUCUGAGAAGGAGGAGCUGGAGGUCACGUUGCCCAUGAACCGGCCAAUGGACUGCAUAAACCUGGCCUGAGAGAGGAAGCUGGAGCUUGCCUGACAUUCUGAAUGUGCGUCUUGGAAACUGUUCAGGACGCGUCGCAAGUUCUGGGUCACAUGCAUGUUUGAAAUACUUUUAACUCUGUAGCUGCCAGUAAAAAUGAAUUGUCAAUGAAACAAGUUACUAACCAAAACAUGCAAUAAUUAGAAAAAAAAUUGUUCUGAAUAUUGGUAUAAAUAGGUGUUUGUUUUAAAAUGGUCAGUAACCUUCGUUCAUUUAACUGGCAUCUAAAAGGUCCAACAGUUCCAAACCCAGGUUUGCUCUUGGCAUUUUGAUGAACACUGAUGAACUGAUGAACUGAGAAUACUGAGAAUAAAAACAUAGGUGCUUUGAGAGGCAGAUAUAGACAUUCCCUCUCACGCUCUGGGACUAACAUUUGAAAAGAAUGUCUGGGCAGAUGGCUAACACAAUGUAGUAGCGGAAUGCAGUAAGUGCAUGUGUUCAGUUUUAUGCUCCGGUAAAGAGAUGUUAGUAUUACCUUUCUGCACAUGCGCAUAUUUAUAUGGAGCAAUGGCAACUAAUGAUCCUUUCAUAAAGACAGCAUCAUUUGAGAACAGUAUGGUAAUAAAAUUUGUUGAAAUUAUAGUUUCUUUCUAUACCAGCUAAAAAUGUUAUACAUGCAGUUGUUCUAAAGCAGUAAAUUAUGGCGAGGCUUUGUAGUAACUGUUACAGCUUAAUCAUUUGUAUCACUGUGUUCUUGCCAUCUUGAAUGUAGUUUUUAAUGAAGGGUGAUUCACUUUACUGAA